CAAUCAAAAGGCAGCAGCCCGGAGUAGAAUUUCCCCCUUCCCAUCUUCCUCCAAGAAGAGAGAAAUUGGAUUUGUUUGACCUCAUAAAGACAAGCCAUGGCAAAGGAAAAGAAGAAAGAGAAGAAGAAAAAAGGGACCUCACAAAUACCCAAAGAGCCUAGAACCUAUUUUCCAGAAGCCCUAUUGGCAUUUCAAAUUCAGAUAAAGGAAGAUACCAUUGAUCAACUACUGGGUGAAAUCAGGCUACUGGAAGCCGAGAAUGAGAGAAGCAAAGAAAGAAAUCAGCAACUCAAAUAUGAACAGAUCGAACACAUCCGAGCCCUGCUGGCGGCCCUGAAGGAGCAGGAGAAAGAGCUCGAAAAAGUAGAAAUCGUUACUCGGGAUGAUGUCGAGAAAGCCAUGAUGGCCAAAUGGCAGUACAUCAAAGAUCAGGAGAAACUUAUCAGAGAUAUGCGUUUCCAGAUACAUUAUGUUGAACAGAAACUUGUCCAAAAACAAACUGAAAUUGACUACUGGACCGCCUACAAAAACGUGGGAAGCAGCGAACAUGGAAAUCAGAUUCGGUUCUUGGAACAGGAUAUUAAAAAGUUGAAGGAAGAUCUUGAAGAAAUGACAGAAUUUUUUAGGAUUUCUUUGGAGGAAGCAAAGGAAAGAAUUGACAAAACCACUUUGAGGCAGAUGGAGUUAAAGAAAGAAUGGGCCACUGAGAAUGCUGUUAAGCACAUUGACAAGAUCAGCCGCAGGGAGAUUAAAGAAUACGAAUGGCUAAAAGAAGAAGUUGAAGCUUAUCGAAAGGAAGUGGAUGCUUUAGAGGAAGCUGUCAAUGAACUGGAGAAGGAAAAUAUCUAUCUCAUCAACAAACUGUUUGAGCGGAGAUUGCAAUUUCUUAAAGUACCCAGGAAGCUGUUUCUUACUCAAGGAGCUGGCUUGAAGAUUCCUGAAGAAAGCAUUGAUCAAGAAGAAGCAGAGGAAGAGGUGAUGUCAGCAACGGAGCUGGUCAUUUCUGUGGACCCAGUGUCGAGCGAAGAGAGAAGGGAAUUGGGGAAGUCGUCGAUGGAUGACUUUGAAGUGGUUUAUUUGCGGGGAAUGUCCAAAAAUGAGUUUCUACCUCCUCUGCUGUAUGAAGACACAAAUGACUUCAAGGAAUAUAAGGAGCUGGGUCCUUUGGAUGUGAAAUUAAUGUGCGCCGUGGGUGAAAAGAUGCCAGUUCACGAAGACAUCAAAGAAAUGCCCAGCAAAGCUCAAUUGGAAGAGAGAUACGACCCAAAUGAACCUUCACAGCACAUCACUUACCGUAUGAUUAAAUCUGUAUUUCCUUAAAAAUUGAGGAAGACAAAAGUCCUUUCAGUGACUUUGGAGUGUCUUAAGAUUCCCUUUCGGCGCUAGGGGUCGUUGGCUUGCAUAUAUAAAAAAAGGAAGAAGAAUUAAAAAUAUUGGCUGUUGAUUGUUGAGGCUUUUUUUUUUUUUUUUUUGCAACUGAUCUACAACUUAGAGAGAUUUGCGUUGGAGGCACCCGGAAAGAAUACAUGUUGUAUUGUUGAGUUCCUGUCAUUUGUUCCCAUCAGAUAUAAACUUGCUUGUUACGGAAA